AUGUCGACAACUAAAGAAACCGAAGAAAACAAUCAAGCCCAGGAAGUUGACGAUACCGAUUUAAAGAACGCUUGUGAUGAUGGUAUUCAAAAGUUUAGUCAAAUACAUACACAUGCAGAUAUAAAAUUAAUACUUGGAUAUUUAUCUUGUGGGUUUGCCAUGUUUGGUGGAUAUUAUGGACAUAUUACUCCUUUUAAUGAUUCUAAAAUGGUCGUAAUACAGUGUGUUAUAGUUUACCUUAUUUUAAAUUUAAUAUCAUUCAUUUAUACCUUUUUUAUUGAAAAAGAUAUAAUAUUUGAUGGGAAAAAACAAGAUGAUAGUAUAAAUUAUAAAAUCACGAUUCAUACCAAUAGUAAACGAUAUUCGGAUAUUUAUAAUAUCACAUUUGAAUUCGUUGGGAAAGAAACAACUGGUAAUAAAGUUAGUAUUAGAAAUUCGAAUUUUUCGAUUUCAAAAUCUUUUGGUUAUUGGUUUGAUGUUAAUGGAGUUAUGGAUCAAGAAAGAUUUGAGGGAACUUUAAAAGAAGGAUUGGAAGCUGCUAUAACUGGAAAAAAAACCGCAUAA